AUGGGCCACUCACGUCCAUGCUACCCCUCUCAACCCUUACCACGGAUCUUCCCUCCGGAUGAAGUUCAAUCACAGCGCGUUGAUGUUAACGUUCAACACGGUUCCCUAGAUUCUGGUCCGCCAACGAACUCUACGCCUGAGAUGGCCUUGGGUUACCAAUCCACGCCUUCCUCCCACAUUUCUUACGGACAUCACCCUACUUACGAUAAUUUUCAGUACGAUGCACACCAUCAAGUGCCUUACGGUUCCCCUUACGAGACUCCUCAUGGUUCUCCUUACGAGACCCCUUACGAGACCCCUUAUGAGACCCCUUACGAGACCCCUUACGGCCUAUCCCAAUCUCAAGCUUAUUCACCUUCAAGUUUUAUGCCGGUGCCCUCUUUUCAACCUCAACCUAGCACUGUGCCAGCUCCUGCACCAGCUGCUACGGUUACUCCCAUACCCAGUCCUCCGGAAAAGCGUAAGAGAGGCAGGAAAGCCAAGCCUAAGCCUACCGAGGGCCCAAUUUCCGAAAAGGUUCCGGUAUCCCAACCUUCGGCUUCAAACGGUGUCGCGGAAUCCAAUGCUGAGACUGAUUACCAUCGCUAUUGGUUGAUGCAUAAAAAUGAGAAUGGUCAAUCAGCUUAUAGCAUACUUGUAGAAUGGGUGAUUGUCCCUGGAAAUUACAACAGAUGGUGUGCGAAAGAUUCAAAGAAGAAAGAAGUCGCUGACGAGAUAUCCACCUUUUUAAUCGAAAGGGGAAUCACUGGCAGGACAGCUGAUUCCUGCUGCUGCCAGGUACGUGAAAUCGAGAAAAAAUAUCGCUUGGCCCUUGAAGAGACUAAGAGGACUGGUGGUGGGUUAGUCGGGUACCCUGGAGAAAAGUCUUAUGAUGGAUAUGUGCCCGCACUUUUAUGA